GGGGACUCGGCUUGUUGUGUUGCUGCCCGAGAACCGGAGACGGUCCUGCUGCGGCCGAAGCUCUUCCAGCCGCCAGACCAUGUCGUCUCAUUUAGUCGAGCCACCGCCUCCCCUGCACAACAAUAACAACAACUGCGAGGAAGGGGAUCAGCCUUUGCCGCCGCCAACCGGCCUUAACAGUUCCUGGGUGGAGCUACCCAUGAACAGCAGCAAUGGCAACGAGAAUGGCAAUGGGAAGAAUGGGGGCCUGGAGCACGUCCCUUCCUCAUCCUCCAUUCACAAUGGAGACAUGGAGAAGAUCCUUCUGGACGCACAGCAUGAAUCAGGACAGAGUAGCUCGAGAGGCAGCUCUCACUGUGACAGCCCCUCGCCGCAAGAGGACGGGCAGAUCAUGUUCGACGUGGAGAUGCACACCAGCAGGGACCACAGCUCUCAGUCAGAAGAAGAAACUGUAGAAGGAGAGAAGGAAGAGGCUUCAAAGAAAAGUGCAGAUUGGGUAUCAGACUGGUCUAGCAGACCUGAAAACAUUCCACCCAAGGAGUUCCACUUCAGACACCCAAAGCGCUCCGUGUCUCUGAGCAUGAGGAAAAGUGGAGCCAUGAAGAAAGGUGGAAUUUUCUCCGCAGAGUUUCUGAAGGUGUUUAUCCCAUCUCUCUUCCUCUCCCACGUUUUGGCCUUAGGGCUAGGCAUCUACAUUGGAAAACGACUGAGCACGCCUUCUGCCAGCACCUACUGAGGAAGGGAGCACUGCUGGAGACACACGUGGCCUGUGAAGUGGUGUAUUGUCAUAUAGUCUAUCUGAACUUGAGACCAUCGUAAGCAUGACCCAACCUACCACCCCGUUUUUACAAAACCAAUCCUGGUAACUCUCCGAUCAGUAUUUUAUUCAAACUCUGACGAGGCAUUUUACUAACCUUAUUCCCUUUUUGGCCUGUAAGACAUUUUAGAAUUUCCUAACAGUUUACUGUUGUUUAGAAAUUUGCAAGGGCUUCUUUUCCUCGACCGCCACCAGCAGAUUAUAAUUUUGUCAGCAAUGCUGUCAUUUCUUGUCAGCACCAUGAGAAUUAGACCUGUGUCAUCCGUGGCAGAAAUUUACUCCAGCAGUGAAGCUACCUUCUCUCUCAAGACAAGAUCAGGUUAGCAAAGCUUUGUUUUCCAGUACAAAGACAAGUUUCUCUGAGCUUGAAUUUAGAGUUAUUAACAAGAAAAAACAAAAAACAGAAGACAAGAAAAAAUAUCCUCGGCAAUAAAAAAUUAUUUUAAACCAGCUUUGGAGCCACUUUUUUCCUAAGCCUCCUGCUAGCGCCUUUGAAUUCAUAGGAGGCGGGCUGUAUAAGCGGUAGGUAGGACACAGAGGAAGAGCUAACCUACACAGCCGACUUUAGUAGUAGUGUGUUGUAGUGCUGUCUUUUCUAUGGUACAGAAUCUUUAUUUCUGAUAAGGAACGUCUCAGGCCUAGACAUAUAUGAAAUUGCUUUUCAGAUUUUUGUGUGUGUUUGGUAUUUCCAUGUGUUAGCUGCAUGUGAAAUUUUCAUGCCUCUUCUUUUUUUUUCCCCUUGAUUUCUUUUAUUCCUAUAAGAAAAGAUUUUGGAACAAGUCCAAUUUCUGGUGUUAAUCCAGGCUUCUUGUUUUAGGAAGCUUCAAAUAUACUCUGAAGCCUUUGAACUCUGAAGAAAGUCACUUCAGAGUUAUUCCAAGCACUUGUGCAACUCUGAAAAACACCUCCGGGUGGUGGGAACAGGUGACUCAGAGUUCAGAACCGUUGCCGCUUGCGUCCCCGCGGCUCUGCUCAGGGCUCAGUGUGCAGUCUUCCCGCAGCAGCCCUGUGAUGCCGCAGGCCCUGGGGCUUUCAUGUAGCUGUCUUUCGGUUACGUCCCACUCCUGACGUUCCGGAACACUCAGCAGAUUCCUUCAGUGACAUACCUUUUUGUUUGUUUCUAAAAUGUGAAGCUUUAGGACCAAAUUGUUAGAAAGCAUCAGAAUCAUGGAUUAUUUUGAGUAAGUUUCGGUGGAUUUCAGAACAUCCAGCAUGACUCUGAAAGAUACUACUAUAUGUUUUAUAUAUAAAUAAUUACUGUUUAUGAUGUAGACCUUGCUAUCGACUAUUUAGAGAAGCACUGUUAAUCUUAAAGCUAGUAAUCUAUAAAGUGCAUCAGGUUAACUUGAAUAAAACACUAUUAUAACAGCUGGGGUUGUCAGUUGGCAGAACCUAGCUCUUCUCUCUCAUGUCAAGGUUUAUGAAACUGCCGUGGUACAGUGGAAAAUAACACAGAUUAAAUAAAAGAACAUAGCUGGCUGUCUUUAAGAAUGAUGAUAUAUCCAAAACAGUUUGCUCAUUUUCUUUUAUUUUUAUUUCUAGAAUUUGAGGUCUAAGUAAUUGUAGAUAUCUUAUUAUACUUUGUUUCUGUCUUACUCCUAAAUCUGGUAACACUUGAUUUGUCUUCUGUUUAUGUCAAGUGUUCACAUUGGAAUUUCUUUGGAAAGAAAGUAAACCCACUCACUGUCUUUUGAAAAGUCUGGAUAAAAUUGGGAAGGCUGGUAAAGCCAAGAGCACCGGAGAGCUAUGCUGAGAAGCUAUAAUACACAAUUUCUAUUACAAUUGCUAUUCUGGGAGGAGAGAGUGAAAUUAUACUUUAAGUAAAAGCAACUUUUUAUAGGCAGUACAUUGUAUUCUUCUAAAUUCAGUAGCAGUUUUGAUUAGUAGUGCCAUUGACCUUUGGGUAUUUCGUGAUUUUUUUUUUCCAACAUGGAAAACUAAUUUACUUUUGCCCUACUUCUUAAAAUAUCUAUAAAAUUAUAGAAUGUUGGCUAAACGUAAAUAUAUCACCACAUUAGAAUUUAUUGUAAGGUGGGCUCAUACAGUGUUUAUUGAUAGGCCUAACAUAUGCACCAGAUGUUUACUCUGUGCCGAGACUUUUGUUACAUGAAAGAGAUUGGAAAGGCCAUCAGACAGUGAACAGCUGAAAAUCCAAGAUUCAUGUUUAAAAAGCUUUACACCUGUUUACAAUUUGAGGAUGAAAAGACAGGCUCUUUUCUGGUGUCUGAUGAGAACUGGCUUAAGGUGUUCAUAUGUAAGACCCAGAGCAAAAUGCCCUGCCUUGCUGGGUGACGACUACAACGUGUCACGCUGAUCGAAUACAGACAUUGACUACAAAGGAAGAUGGAAGAUUCAGCCAGUGCGGUGAAUUUCUAAAUGAAUCAGUUGUUAAAAUUAUUGGAAUUAACUGAGCCAAAGUGAUUAUGCAUUCUUCAUCUAUUCAGUUAGCAUUUUGUAUCAUUAUAUACAGUUUACAAUACAUGUAUACCUUGUAGCUAUAAACAUUUUGUGCCAUUAAAGCUCUCACAAAACUUUC